AUGCAGCCGGUCACAGAUUUUGGUAGUCUAAGCAUGGACAAAGAAAAUAUCUUGCCAAUACCUCAGGGGCGAUCGGCUAGCAAACUAUCAGAACUGAUCAACACAGACUCGAACGUAUUACAAUCGCAGCUAGCAGAGCAAAGGCUCAAGUUUGAGAAAAACUUGGAUCCACAGUUUCUCCAGGACCUAGACGACCCUCUAGACUCAUAUUUACAGUACAUCAAGUGGAUACGAGAGAACUAUAGAUCAGGGAACACUCAUGAAUCGUUGUUAAUUCAAGUUUUGGAACGCACCACCCACGAUUUCAAGGACGAUGACUACUAUAAGAACGAGAUUAGGUAUUUCAAGGUGUGGCUUGAGUACAUAACUUACAGCGACCAUCCAAGUGAUGUGUUUAACUACCUUUUCAAAAAAAAGAUAGGCUCUGACCUAUCACUUUUCUAUGAAAACUACUCUCUAUUUUUUGAAUUGAAUGAUCAAUGGGAAAAUGCCGAGGAAAUUUUGAAGUUAGGAUUGUCAAUAAAGGCUAGACCUCUUCCUAGGCUAUCAAAAUCUUACGAUGAGUUCUUAACCCGACGGUCAUCGAAAACUGCCAAAGAAAAGCCACGUUUAGCGGGACUAUCUAACCCCGGUGGAACAGGUCUAACUUCACAAGUUCACAGCAAGAAAGAAGAAUCCAAAAUCAAAAUAUUUCGUGAUGCACCAUCAAACUCUGAUUCUAAAUUUCUCAGGAAUAAUGAUACCGAUGGCGGCAGUGAUAAUUUCUUUUCACACAUAAACGAAAUAAGGCAUUCUAAGAAAGAAAACAUUAUAAAUCCUACAUCAUGGAAGGGAGAGACAUUAAAAAACUCAGGAAAAACUUUGAAGGAGGCAAGUAAAAUCGAAGUGUUUGAUGAUAAAUCUAAUCAGUAUCCUAUAACUAAUACGCUCAAACACCAGGAUGGUAAACAUUUUGAAACAUUCGACUUUAAUUUUGACCUAUUCAUGCCCGAUUCUUCAGCAAAUAAUCCUAGGAGUAUGAUUGAAGUUUUAUUAAUGUUUCACCAGAAAAAGGUAGACCCUGUCGAGAACAACCCCGUCGAAAACACCGAAAAUGAUAAAAAGAGAGGACAAUCCGAAGAUAUAUCAUAUAAUACUCCUCGCAACAAAAAGUCAAGGACUGAAUCAGAAUCAGCUUCAGCAUCCACUGAACGGACUUCUGGAAUUGCUGAUACCCCACUACUUGAGUAUUUCAAAAAUUCUAAAAGUGGCCUCUUCCCGCCGGAAAAUAAUUCUAACGAAAUAAGCGUAGAUGGAAGAGACUCACAAGGUGAAAACAAAUUUAAACUUAGUCAGUCUAAUUCUCUAGCCGUUACCGGAAAUCACCUCCUUUCUGAAAAAAAUGAAGCAGUUGAGCAAAAUGGAACUCAGAGCAACCUGCUAGAUGCUAUUAUUGGUGGGGCAUUUAGCGACAUUUUUACCGACACCGUGACAAAACAAAUGGAGCCUAAAACGCCAUCGAAAGAACGUAAACCUAAGAUUGAAGAGCUUCGUCUUUCGGUUGAUAACAUUGAUGAUGUUGAUAAUGAUUUGUUAAGCUCACCAUUUGUCGAAAAUCCUAAUAACGCUGACGAGAAAGCCAGAUCUGCUUCCGUUGAUCCUCCCGUUGUCAAUCCAUUUGACACCCUGUUCAAAAGAAGCCAUCUCAAGCAUAUUGAAAUGUCCAUAUAUCAAAACAAUCACCUACACAAUUUUGACUCGAAACUAUUCGACAAGCUUCGAGUCUUACAUAAGGUUCUGAAGCCCAAUGCACCUGCAUUAACUGGCAACAAACAAACUUUGCUUGAAUUUGAAAAGAAUGAAGAGUACUCUGUUAUUAUGGAAUUAGGACGUGGCGGGUUUGCUACCGUCUAUUUAGGUGAACAACUCAACGGUCAGUUAAGCGCAAUUAAAGCUGAACGCCCUUCUGAUAUUUGGGAGGCGUACAUCUUAUCGAAACUAAACACGCUCUCCAACGAUUUUAUAAAAUUGAAGUCUUUUUUCAAGUUUGGAGACGAAUCUUAUCUGAUUCUUCCUUAUCUACAACAAGGAACAGUGCUGGAAUUGGUGAGCAGCUUAUCCAACUAUCAAUUUCUGACAGGUAAGAAUCUCAUUGAAGAGUCAUUGGUAAUAUAUUUUACUAUUCAAUUAAUCAGUAGCGUGUUGAAACUUCAUUCUCUUGGUAUUGUUCACUGUGACAUCAAGCCAGACAAUUGCAUGUUGAAUAUACAAAGUGCUGAAAGUAAGAUCAAGUUCAAUGAUAUUGUAUUGAUUGAUUUCGGUCGAUCUAUUGAUUUGUCUUUAUUUCCAAAGAGCACCAAAUUCAAAUGUAAACUAGAGAAAACAGACAACCAAGAUUGCCCUGAAUUUGUGAACCAAACUUCAUGGACUUAUGAACCUGACUACUACGGCAUUGCCAAUAUUGUACACACGUUGCUGUUUCAAAAAGUGAUCAAAGUGCAGUCUACUUCCAAAGGUGUUCAAUUACUAGAACCUUUCAAACGCUAUUGGCAACGUGAUUUGUGGAAUGAAUUGUUUGAUCUACUUUUGAAUCCCAGAAAGUACAACGAGUCAGGUGAUGUCUAUAUGGAGCUUGAGAAGGUAAUGUGCAAAUUGGAGUCGUGGUUCAGCCUAACAGUCGAUAAAAGAACUUUCUUGGAUAAGUUGACCCAGAUAAGCGAGAUACUAAACACAAGAUUCAAGAGAACGAAAUAA